AAAACUGGGGGAAGUUUAUUGAUUUAUUUAAUUUUUUACUACAAAACCCUCGUGAACUAAAAGCAUACUUUUAUUUUACGUAAUUACAUGUGGCAAUCCAAACGCGCAUCCAGAGAAGACGAGAGGGCGGCUAUAAACAAAGCAUAUGUUGUUAUUGUGAUCCAGAGCUUAAUAGUGGUAGAUGUGGGGAUAUCCGUACACGACGUUGCUCGAGCAACAGUGAACUGGUUAACGUUAAUGGGAUAUCUUUGUGGGACAUCUACUCAUCUUUAUGGCUGUGAAAAAGCAGUGGCGUGACACAACAGGCCACCUGGAACCUGUGAUGUUUGUUCAUGUGUUUCUCGGCGUGGUGCAUGAACUUUCCCCAGAUAUCCCCAGAGCUGCGGCGGUGAAACUCGCGGGCGAGAGGAAGGCUGUUUUACUUUUAUCAUGUAGGCGAACUUCUCAGCCAGCGUGCUUUACUCCCUCACAUAUCAGUGGAAGCAGAACUGAACCGAAAGGAUGACUCGCCUGAGGUAACUUAACGUUAGUUCGGCUUGAGUCAGUCGCGCUGACACGGGUAGCUGGUUUACUAGGUGGUAGCUUGAGCUUUUACUCAGCUCUCAUCAGCUAGCCUGACAGUUUUGCUGAAAUGGAAUCCUUCAUCAAAUACUCCAACCAGAGCCAAGGAAGGGACCGUAUUUUCAGGGCCACACAAUAUGCAUGUGCUUUGGCAAAGUACCUGCUUCGCAAUGAUCCGGCGAGAAAAGCGCUGCUGGUGAAGCUGCGGAGUUUGGAGUCGAACAUGAGCUCUGGACGGAAGCUUUUCAGGCUUGGCAAUACUGUGAACUCCAUCGAUGCAGCCAAGAGAACUCUUCUCCUGUCUGACCCUGUGCUACGUCUUUGCCUUACUGUGGCCAACGUCAGCCGUGCCCUUUAUUUCAUUUGUGACAAUGUUCUCUGGGCCAAACAUAUCGGCCUCAUCCAAGGAAUUGAUAAGGACCGUUGGAGCUUGAACGCAAGCAGAUAUUAUUUUGUGUCUUUACUGAUGAAUCUCACCAGAGAUGCUUAUGUGAUGGCUCAGCUCAUGGUGCAAAAAUCUAGGGAAAAGCAAUUUCAGCAGAAGGCCAGUCAGCACCUAAAUGACAGUCCAGAUGUGGCUUGUGUCAUUAUUCCCCAGCUUGAUGCCUUUCUGUUUCUAUUCAUUGAGAGUCUCAGGAGUCACCCAGCUGUUGCUCUCGACACGCUCAAGAAUGCGUGUGAUCUUUUCAUUCCACUUGACAAGCUGGGAAUUUAUCAGACAAAUGCAGGGGUCGUGGGGAUGUGUGGACUUGUCUCUUCCCUUAUAGGGAUACUGUCAGUCCUGAAGCCCAAUCUGAAAAUAAAACCCUAAGGUGAGGAGGGAAAGAAAAAGUUCUAAGCUCCAGUCAGGAAGUUUUUUUUUUUUUUCUCCUCAUGUAAAUUGUAAAUUGUUGUCAAGUUACUUCAGUUAAUGCAAAUAACAUGGAUAAACCAUGAUAAAUAUGGAUAUCAUAAUCACAAAUAAUAUUGGGUUAAUACUAAAAGCUUGCUUGGUUCAGAGAGUUAAAUAGCUAGAGGGUAUGUCUUGUAAAGAAAAUAUGAUAGAUGUGCCCCUUGGCUGUUUAGAAUAAAUACAUUAAAGAUUAUUUGGAUUUUAUAAGAGGAUCCUCUGUCGAAAGCACAAUCUCAGUUCAGAAGUUACCUUAUUUCAUUCACAUUGUUGAAAAAUUUUCCUUAAUUUUUAGCCAGGUGAAACAUGGCUGAUGCUUCUUACUGCCCACCACGUUGCAGGCAUUCUCUUGAGGGCAGGGCUCUGGAGCUCCAGUACUUGAGAGUUGGUAUUGCUGUAGUUUGAUGAUUUUCCUGGUGAUUAAACUCAGCAGUAAAUUACCAGGUUUGGUUGUUGUGCUGGAUUCUGGUCCUCAGUUCCCCAGGGCUGAAGCCAAGUAGUUAGUGGAGUGAUGUAAACGAAAUAAUAAUAUAUAUAAUACAAAUGAAUAAAUGAAAACUGACUGGCUGAAAAAUGACUUUUCCUGACUGGGGCUUUUAAAAGGGUCUGAAAUUUUCAGCCAUUAGUCAUACACUGUAUACUGGGUUUCUGGACAGCCGUAAGGUCCUAGAUUAAAAUAGUCUGAACAAAGUUUUCUAGGGACUUGAAUUGAAAUGUGAAUUUAGUACAUCUUCAUAGUGGAAAUGAGGAGAGACAGUCAGCUCGGAACUAUGAGGAAAGAAAAUCACUUUGUAGCAUCUAAAAAUCAAGGUUAACAUCAGCUUCUGGCAUCAUAUAGCGAAACUUGAUAUUGUGAAAGGGAAUGAAAUCAGUGCUGCAGGACUUGAAUAUAGAAAAGGCCAAGUGCCUAAAUAAAAAUGUUUUGUAUAUCUGAGAUAAUGCUAGUUGACCAAGACACUAUUGUUGAUAUUCUUUGUAUCAUUUCCUUUAUCUAUACUGCCUUUGGGAGAAAAAUGCAUAUUUUAAAUUGGAUCUUUAUAAUUAAUUAAUCUUUGAUAGUGUUUUGGUACUUAUAUAGAUUGCAAAUUGUAUCCAGUGAUUUUGAGACCUGCAAUAAUAAUUAUUCCCUCUGAUUUGAUUCCAGGUAACAGGGGUUCACUUUUUGCUGGAAUAUUUGAUUUGCACAGUCUGCUGACUUUAUAUGUAUCUGUUCAUUUUAAUUAACUUUUAUUGAGGAACAUCAGUGACACCAUAAGGUCCUACCUCUUCCUGAUUCCUGAAUCCUGUUUACCAGUACGUUUUACAGAUGAAAUGCUGUUAAUACUGAGUGUGUUUUAAAGUAUUUUUUUUUUUUUUCCUUAGAUGAAUUGAGUGAGCUAACCCUCUGCUGUGGCCAUUUUUAUUUCAAUUUAAUGCAACUUCAUUGAUACAUUUCUAUGCAAAUUAUUCAGAACAAAUGAGCCUUAUAUAGACUGUUAUGAUGCACAGUUGCAAAUAGAUACAUAUUUUUAAUUUAAACUUUCUUUUUUUCAGAAUAAGUAAUAUACAGUGUAUUGCAUGGAAGCUGUGUGAUUGGUGUUAGUGUGAGGUGAUACUUGUACUUUUUAUGCAGUGUUAGUGUGGCUGUUUAACUCCUAGGCAAUGGACAAUAAUUCAGUAAUACUUUUUAUUUUUCUUCUUCUUCUAAUUGGUUGACAUCUGUUUCAUGUAAGUUUCAAGUAUUAGGGCAUAGAGUCUGGUAAGGAAUGUAAAGCCACAGUUGGAUUGCCUUUUUAUAAAUAAAAUCUCGUUCCUCCGUUUCCUCUCAGAAAUGAGAAUGGAUGUAAAAUCCAGGUUGAAAGUUCCUCGGAAAGAAAAAUGGAAUUCCCACUAUGGUUGGCAGGGUACCUCACAAUGAGGGAAAGGCAUUCAGUCAGCUUCCACACUUUCUUUGCAUGAUCUUCAUUGCGUCAUAACUUCCUAAGUUAUCUUGUUCCAUCUUGUGACACUGAAGAGGUUUUUUUCUCAAUUACUGUGAAAGUAGCAGCAUAUUAAAGUCUUCACAGUAUAAUUCACUUAUAUAUUAGGUUGGAUGCAAAAGUUGCCUUAAGAUGUCUUCUAAAAUUUUAAGGUCAUAAAAUAUCUGAAAAUGUCUUAUUUUGAAAGUAGUUUAUCUUUCUUUUAAAUUCAUAGAUGACAAAAGAACAGACCGAAACGAGCGAAUCAGUAUAAUGAACUAAUUCAGAAUGUAUUGCCUGCCAAAAAUAUCCAGCAAGCAUGACGGGCUAGAGGAUGCAGAACUGAUGUCAAACACUGAGAAUACAUACUAUAUGUCUGUGCAUGUAAUAGAAUUCCUGUAGAAGACUGUUGUGGAUUUAUUGAUUUAUAGAGGAAUCAAAAUAAAUUACUAAGUUCUUUAAA